CCCCCUCGGCCGGCAGCUCCCGCCCGCCGCUCCCCGCUGCGCAGAGCGGCCGCGCCGGCGGGGGAUGGAGAGCCAGCGCUGCUUCGCCAACCGCUUCGAUGACUACCCGGGCAGCCCCGCGGCGGCGCCGGACAGGGAGGCGGCGGUGCCGCUGGUGACGGCCACCAUCGAGCGCAUCCUGCGGGAGCUGCCGCCCCUGGGCGGCCCCCGCGGCUGCCCGGGCGGGCUGUACGGCGGCGUGGCCGGCGUGGCCUACAUGCUGUACCACGUCGCGCAGUGCCCGCUGUUCGCGCCGUCGCGGGACUCGUACCUGCGGGCCGCCCGCCGCGUCGUGGACGCCUGCCUGCGCUACCAGGAGGGCUGCGGCGAGGCCGACGCCGACACCCGAGCCGCCUUCCUGCUGGGCGGCGCCGGCGUGUACGCGGUGGCCGCGCUGGUCUACCGAGCCCUGGGGCUGCCCGAGUACGCGCGGCCGCUGGGCAAGUUCCGGGAGCUGAGCGAGGUGUGCGCCCCGCUCUCCUUCCUCGAGUGCGGCUCGGACGAGCUGUUCGUGGGCCGCGCCGGGUACCUGUGCGCCGCGCUGGUGCUGAAGCAGCGCCUGGGCAUGGAGGUGCUGACUGCAGCACAAAUUAAAUCAAUUUGCCUGGCUAUACUAGAAUCAGGAAAACAGUAUGCAGUGAAGAAGAGGAAACCAGUCCCACUGAUGUAUUCCUACUAUGGAACAGAGUAUCUUGGGGCAGCACAUGGGCUUUCCUCAAUCCUGCAGAUGUUGCUCUCCUAUUAUGAGUACCUGCAGCCAGCAGAUCAGGAGCUGGUGUGGCAGAGUGUGGAUUUCCUGAUGGACCAGGAGCAGAACAGCAACUGGCCCCCUGAGCUGGGGGAGACCAUCGAGAGGGAGAACGAGCUGGUGCACUGGUGCCAUGGAGCUCCAGGCAUUGCCUAUCUGUUUGCCAAAGCUUACCUGGUUUCCAAGAAGCCUCAGUAUCUGGACACUUGUAUCCGCUGUGGAGAGCUCACCUGGCAGAAAGGCCUCCUGAAGAAGGGCCCUGGCAUUUGCCACGGGGUGGCUGGUAGUGCUUAUGUGUUCCUGCUGCUCUACAGGCUCACUGGGAACUCCAAAUACAUCUACAGGGCACAGAGGUUUGCAGAGUUCUUAUUUACAGAAGAAUUUAAGUCUGGCUCCCGGGCACUUGAAAGUGUAUAUAGUCUGUAUGAAGGAUUUUCAGGAACUGUGUGUUUCCUGACUGACUUGCUGCAGCCCAACCAAGCCGAGUUUCCUCUCUUCAGUGUCUUUGUCUAAAGACUGAUGUCCUCCAGGCCAGUCCUGGAGGUAGUGGGAGAGGGCACCUGCAGUUCCACUUACUUUUCCAGACAGGCUAUGUACAAAACGAGCUGGGGUACCACUAAUGUUAGCCUUAACGUAGCUGGGAGUCAGAUCAAAACCAACACACACUGGGGCUUGGGGGGUGGGGAAGUGUGUGGUCAAAAUAAAUGGGUCAGUGGGGGAAAAAAAUGGGGGAGCUGAUUGAAUCUGAUGUCGUAGAUAUUUAUCUAAUUAUUCAAGUGAGAGAGACAGGGGCAUUAUCAAACUUUUAAUUUGGUGAAAAAAAGGCAAGCUAGAAUUGCAGGGACAUGCAAAGAAGAAACAGUGAUGCACCCAGUAGGUUUUAAAAAGAAUCUUGCAAAAACCAUUUGUGGAGCAAUUCACUAAUUGGGGAGGGUGUUGUAGACAUGUCACUGCACUGCACAAAGGCAAAAUCUGGGACUUUUUUACCCUAAACCACAUCUGAUAGUUUUAGUAACAUAUAUUAGGAAAAUCUGGAUCUUUGAGCUCUUUGAUCCUCAUAUAAUGGCAGUUCUGUAGAUAGCUGAGUGUUCAGGCUGCAGUUUCACAGUUCAUUUCAGGAAGUGGGAUCUCAUGUGUGUAAAGAGCACUGGAUUGGACCCUUCCUUUUAAAGCUCAAUCUGUGGCAAGGAGCUGGUCUCCUUUCUGAUCUACUGUAACUGUGUCAUGUCUUGUCUGUAUUUUCCCAGUCACGUGGUAGAUGGGUGGAGCCAUGGAGAAGACUUGGAUGGAAAAGUUCUGUAGCAAAGAUACAGCAGGCAGAUGCUUUCUUCAUGAUGUAGCAUUGCUAGAUAAGCAUUGUUCAGUGAUACUAAAGCUUCCUUUAAAAAUUAAUUACUUAUAGCAGCAUUUCUGAACAGUACCCUAAGUUUUUCAGAUGAUGGAAAACCUGUUUUUCCUUGAUGAAUUCUUCACUACAAACCCUGCAAAGUGAAUGCAAUCAUGGGGUGGCAUACUGAUCCUCAAAAAACCUGAUAACAGAAGUAAAAAUUGCUUUUUUGCCUAGUUAGCAAGAUAAUGUAUAUGCCCAAAUGAUUUUUAGCUCGAAAAUAAUUUAGAUAGAAAUAAAUGGGUUGCUCAAUACUAGUUGCACUAGCACAUAUAGUUGCAAAUAUAUGCUGUUUUCUAUAUAUUAUAGAUAUGAUGACACCGUACUUGAAAGCUAAAGAAAACACUAACAUAGAUUUGUACUAAAAAAUAGAAAAUUAAUAUCUGUAUUUAAAAUCUAUUUACUAUUUAUUUAUUUAUUUUUAUUUAUAUGUUAAUAAUAUAUAUAAAGAAAAAUUAGGAAGACCAUAUGUCAAAAAUUGAAGUUAGAGAGAAAAGCUGCUGUACAUGCACUGCCAAACAAUGCAGUCCCUCUUCCUGCAUUCUCAGCUGGAGGAGAUUACAAUUUCUUUAUUUUUAAUGCCUAAUGGAUUAAAGUUCCCAUUUCAUUUCAGUGGGCUUUGAUCAGGCUAUAAGAUGGAGCUGGGUCUUGAAAUCCUCCCACAUUUUAAUAUAAUAAUCCCUUCCUGCUCUUGCCACUGUUAUUUUAAUGAGAUGGCUUACAUUAUUAUGAGCUGCAGAUAAGGAUUUCUGCUACUCUGUCUUGCACUGUGCAGCUCUAAUUAAUUACUUAAUCAUAGGAAUAACCAUAUUUCACUGGUGAAUAAAGCAAAGCAGUUCUGUAUCAGUUUGUCAAGAAUUUAGGUAUCUUUUAGUGAAUGGAAAUGGUAAAAUUCAAUAUACUUAUGUGUUUAUUAAAACACAUAGGUUAAAAGGCUCUGUGGUCUUUUAAGAAAGCCACUAAUGUCACUUACUUGGUUACUCUGAGCAGUGAGAUGUGCACACACAGAGGGAUGAGCUCCAUAGGGAGGGUGUACACAUGAGGCUGAAUCAAAAAGUCAAUGGAUAUGGGAGUGUGCUCUGCCCAGCCCCUGGAAGUGCUCCUGCUAGAUCAGAGCAGAGCCAGCUGUCACCAGUGAAGGUCCCAAAUCCAUUAGGAUUUUUUAUCUUGUUGGUUCCUGUAACACAUUUUGCUCCUAUAUUUCAUAACUGGGGCCUUCUUAAAGAAAAGUUUGAGGAAGGUAAAACUUGGCUUACUUCUUCUAAAUGUGAUUCUUCACAAAUGCCAGGGAAUAAACAUUGAGCUCAGUGUCAGUUUUCCAGUGAUUUUCCUGUGUGUCUCUCUUUGUAGAAUUUCUUCCAAUUCACAUUCAGAGGAGACUCUGAUCUUCUCUGUGUUGUGAUCAACAGCACACUCAAAACAAAUCUCCUGUCCCUACAACCAUUCUCUGUAUUAGAAACCCUAUGUUCUGGAGAGACAAAACAUUAUUUGAGCAAGAGUUAGUCCAUUCAGCAAUGAGAAAACUCAUGGAACCGCCCAGUGUUUGAAAUCUAGGUCCCAGACAUCUCUGCAGGUUACGUGAGUUCAGCACUGACUCUGGCAAGGGCAGCACAUGAACAUCCAGUCUCAUGGGAUACAUCUGGUAAAAAUCUUGGAACAUAUUUGUUCAUCUCUUUCAUCAGACAUGGCAGUUUGAGCUCACUCUCAGAGAUUUGUGGCUUUUCUUACCUGACCUGGCUGGGUUAAGGUGGCUUCUGGAUGUGCUGCAGUCACAGCUUCUGAACACAGUGCAAAUGCACCCCAGGGCUCUUUGGAAAAUGCUCCUUAAAUCAGCAGGGAUUUUUCAUCUUUCCCCUCUUUAUUGUCUUAUCUGAUUUUUUUCUCUGUACUAUAUAUGAUCUUACAAAUGUGCUGUUGCAAUCUGUAUUUGUUGCUUUUAAGACAUUGACAGAACAGCAACCUGAGUAGAGCUGUCAGCACUUUUCAGUGUAAUAAAAAGUAAGGUCCUCUGUGUGCCCUUCUUCCUGCUUUGAGAAAUCAACCUUGCAACCUUUGCUAGACAUUCUCCAUGGAAUGCUGUCUCCUCCUGCUCCCAAACUGGGCCCUUAUGGACUGGAAAAUGUAUUCCUGAACAGAUUAACAGAUUCUGCCCUGGUGCUGUGACAAAAGACUGUCUUGUGGGAAACUCAAGAAGCCUCUUCCAGGGUGUAAAACACAGAAACUACGUCAUGUUUGCACAUUAGUUUCUUGGUUGUGUUUAGUUUCUAAAGUGUAGGUAAUAGGAAUUUAAGUGAUAUUAGUAUUUCUGAUUAUGCUGUUAAAGCAAAGAAGAUGCAUUAUGUGGGUAUUGGUGCUUAUUUGUGAUGUACCUGUGUUUGUGUGGUGCUAUUUGUGAGUAAAGCUGCAGAUUACACAGCAGUUUAAGGAGCUAUAUGCUGCUCAUGACUUUUAGCCUGCCAUCCAUAGAUUACUGCCAGGGAAUAAUUUUGAGGGAAGCUAGAUCUGUAGUGUCCAGAUUUAUUGAUUUCAGGAUUCAUACAGAACCAGAUGCUGUAAGUUUUAUCAGCAGUACAAUUCUAACAAAUAUAUCUUUAUUUUUAAUUGCUACUCAUAACAUGUUUAUUUUGUGCCACUGCUUUCAUUGCAUCAUUGUUGCCUUCAAUUUCCCUGCUUUUGUUUCCCAACCUUUGAAUAACUUGAGUAGGCUGAAGAAGCAGCCCAGGUGUUUUGUUCUUGAAAAUAAGAUUGAUUGAUUUUGCUUAAGCAGGGUGUUCUACUAACUUGCAUUACAUUAUUUUAUGCUCCCAGAUGGUCUCUUCUUUCUGGCUGUGCCAUUUCCCACCUGCUAAGGAACAAUCAUUAUCCUAUAUAACAAUUGUCACUGGUGUUUUACUUCAUUAAAUAAAACAGAGACUUUCUAGGGAGCAUGGUCAUUUCUCCAUGCUUCAGUGUUUCAGUUCUGUCAGGACAAUUGAAACCAAGUGAAAUGACUAAACAUUGCAAAAUUCACUUUUAAGUAGUUCUGGGAAAUAUACAUAAGGGAAUGCAAGUAAAGGGAUCACCUUUGUUGCUACUCUGUCAAAUUAAGUAAUGCCACUUUGAUGUUCUAAUACUGAUUAUAUAUGGACAUGGAAAGAAUAUUACAAGAAUACUGAUUGGUUUUUUUAAUUCUGUGGAAAAAAAUGAACCAUAGUUAUCUGCUGUGUUCAGAAACAUAGAGGGGCAAUAUGUGCAAAUGGAAACUUUGAUAAGCAGUCAAGUUUUUGUACUCAUAUAGUUUUCUGCAUAUACAGUUACAGCAUCUGCCAACAUACUGCAUGUUUUAUGCCAACAGUGACCUAUUUUAGUGUAUGCAUGCAUUUUGAGAAUAUAUCCUUGUUCUUUGGAUCUCUGAGGUCUGCCAAGUAAAUCUCAGGUGCAGUAAUCUUCUACAUACCUUGAAUAUUCACUGGCAUGAGUGUAUAUUCUAAUCUGUAGGAAGAUUAGUAUAUCAGGACUAAAAUUGCCCAGUUGAUUUUCAAAGAGUAAUCUUGCUCUGAAGAAUUAACAAUUGCUGGCUGGCAGCACAGCCUGGGCUGCUCUGAGAAGACAUUUCAGUUUAUAUAAAUAUGUCUAAGACUAAGUAGUAACAGCAAAAAGCUAAAUUGAAAAGAAAUAAGAAAAUGACCAAAAAUCCCACUAUGAGGGGAACAACAUACUUCAAAGCCAUAAGCCAAAAAUGCUCAGGGCCCACAAAACAAUACAGCAGUUUAGGGAUGUGAACAGGCAUUUUCCAAAGGAAUAGCACAGUGGUGGUACAGUAAGCACUGUGCAGGUUUCAGCUGCCUUGAACAGCACUCCAUUGCCAUUAUAGCAAAGUCAUCAAAUGUUAAAAAACAUUUGCCUGUGAAGGAGUUGCCUGUAGCUGAACCUACUGCCUACUCCUGUCUUUUAAUGGAACAGAAGUGAUGUGCACUAUCCAUGAUAAGGCAGUUUAAAAAAAUACAUUCAAGAAGCCAAUAGCACCAACUUUCAAUCUUGCCUUUGAACAUUAAACUUGGCUAAUUUGUACUGUCACCGUUGGUCCUACACUUCGUAUAUUGGAAAUUGUACAUCAUGCUCUCAAAAACCAAAUUUAUAAAUAGCAAUCUGCUUGGAAAUACAUAAGGCCAUAUUUAUUUUAAUGCUUAGAAGGGAGUCCCUUGACUUUGUUCAUGGCAUGACUCAAAGAGAAAAUGGAGGCAUUUAGGUCAAGUACAGCAAUACCAACUAGAAUGGCAGAAAAUGAAUUCAAAGCUUCUUUUGCCAAGUGGUAUAAUGAUAUUUGAAUACAAGAGAUUUUAUAGUGUACUGAUACCCAGCAACAGCAUUAUAUGACUAUGUAGAAGUCCUUAAGUCAAUUAUAUCCUGUAGGGAACAGAAAACAGAUUCUAGUCCAACAUACAUUUUUAUAUCAUAUAGAAGAGAAAGGCUGUCUGACCAGAAAUUUAACUUUGCUUCUGUCUUCAUUACCAUGACCACACAAGAGAGAAGGAUGUCCUUUAACAAUGGUCUGGUUUUGCCACUGAAUUGGCCUCCUGCACUCAUUUUAAGAGCCUGAUAGGCCACCUGCUGAUGUCUGUGGUGAACCUCUGCUUGAUUCCAGGCAUGUAAGGUAGCUCCUUCCACAUGUGUGAAACAGGGGUAAAACUGUCAUUCCAGAGCCCAGGCCUACAAACUUUCCUUUACACAUGAGUCCCAUGGAAUUAGUAAGGCUUGUCUGCAUGGUAUGAGGAAAGCACAGGUGUUUGCAUAUGCAGGGCCCUGUCUGAUGGCAAUUUAUACACAUUUUAUCUCGAGAUCUCUGCAAUAUAUGUGAAUACCAAUACAAAUAAAAAGUCCAGGGAACUUAAAUGGCAUUAUUUAAUGUCUAGUUUGUGUUGGUGACACUUGAUUAUUCAGUAUAUUCCAGUGUGUGAUGUUCAUUCCUCGAGUAUGUGCCACACCCUAGAUUGGUUUCUCAGUGUUACAGCCAUUCACAGCCAUGAUGUGGUACAGGCCUGUAGAAUCAAGGCUGAUUUGAUUCUUUAGAGAUGCACCUUAUUGUUUGAAAGCAGGACCCCUGCUUUUCUAAUAUUUUAAACACUGUGAUCUUUCAGAAUGUGUUUAUUGUAUUAGUUUUGUAUUGUAGAUUAUGAUAGAAACUAGAUUUUAUAGCUUUUUAAAAGCAGUGAUGAUACUGAGCUUCAUAGUGGCAGAACAAACUGUGUAUAUCCAUAUUAUGAAUAUUAAAGCUGUGAUUAUAUUUUGCCUUAAAUAAAAGUCCAACCUUGAACAGUA